GCCUUCAGUCCUCCCUUCGUUACCCUUGUGCCUGUAACACACACACACACACACACACACACACACACACACACACACACUCUCUCUCUCUCUCUCUCUCUCUGAAUACAAAUGCACUUUAAAGUCUAAACCCUACCAGUUCAUCUCAAACUCCUUUCUGCUUCUUUGAAAACAGGUUUCCGAUGAACGAAAUGCCCUUCUUGGAAGGCAUCAAGGUCCAAGGAAUUCCAACUUCUCUCUCACCCCAACCAAAUCUUUAAACCCUACUCUCAGACUCGUCGGCUCUUUCUGCUCCCAUCUCCUAUCGAAAUCCUAAUUCCCUCCCCCAAAAGCCAUGUGAGUGCUGCCGAGCUGCUUUUUCUAUAACUCAGUACCGCUCUCUUCCUAGUUCUAGUUGUCUCAGAAUCGAGCAUGAUAACCGCUUCAAUGCACUUCAAGCGCAUUUUCCAAUGCGACAAAAGCAAGACAUGCUCUUCUUCAGCGAUUACUCGGUUUAGAAGUCAGAUUCCCAUCAUAGGAAGCAGACUUUACCGGUACAAUAACUGUAUCACUUCCAUCACGGUUGGCUUCCCUUUGAUCUGGCCAUUCUUUGCUGUUAUAAAUAAUUUUAUUGGCAAAUACCAGUUGCUUGCAACCCAGGCCUCUCCUAAUGAAGAGGAAGUGACAGAUGAAGUCAUAAGUCAUAUUCUUAGCACCAUAAUAAAUGCUCGAAGGCCAAAUGGAAAAGUUUGUACUGUUGUUAACAAGCUGUGUGAAUCAGGAAAUCUUUCUGCUGCUGCUAGAAUACUUCAAUCCUUACGUGAUAAACACAUCUUUCCGAGCCCUAUAGCAUAUAAUCUCUUGCUAGUGGCAGCAAGUGAAAGGCAUGACAUUGAUAUUUUGUCUCAAGUUUUCAAAGAUUUAUUGGUAUCUAAGGGAUCCUUGAGUUCUUCCUCUUAUCUUAAGGUUGCCAAGGCUUUUACAAAGACAGAUGAUGGUGUACAGCUACUCAGAUUCAUCAAAGAAGUGUCAGCUCUGACCUCUCCAAGCGUAACAGUUCUUAACAGAAUAAUCUUUGCGUUUGCUGAAUGUGGUCAGGUUGAUAAGGCCCUUCUGAUAUAUGAUUUGAUUAAGAGUCUAACAUGUAAACCAGAUUUAGUAACAUAUAAUACCAUUAUGGAUAUCUUGGGUCGUGCAGGACGCACUGAUGAAAUGCUCUAUGAGUUUGCGUCCAUGAAAGAAGCUGGUAUAGUGCCAGAUAUCAUUUCUUACAAUAUAUUAUUAAACAACUUGCGGAAAGUUGGGAGACUAGAUUUAUGCCUAGCAUAUUUCAGGGAAAUGGGUGAGAAUGGAAUUGAGCCAGAUUUGCUUACUUAUACUGCAUUGAUUGAGAGUUUUGGUCGAUCAGGUAACAUUGAGGAAUCUAUAAGACUCUUCAACAAGAUGAAGUUGAUGCAGAUCCGUCCUUCUAUCUAUUUGUAUCGGUCAAUAAUAAAUAAUUUAAAGAAGAUGGGGAAGGUGGAGUUGGCGAUGAAAUAUUUGGAGGAAAUGAAUUCAUGUCUUUCAGAACUUGCUGGUCCAAAUGAUUUCAAGCGGAAAAAAAGGUAGUUGAGCACUCAGAUAACUUCAAGGUCUCCAUGUUCUUUGGUGGUGUGGGUGGUAUUGGUAUGUGGUUCUGCUCUUUUUCUAUCCUUUUUCAGUACAACGCUCAGUUGAUCAUAAGAUGGAGUGCUAGUUUGUUUCAUUCUGUUGGGUUUGUUCCACAACCCCAGACUGCUUAUGCAGUUCACCCAAGGACAAUUCCAUCAUUCUUAUCAGCAUGAUGGAAUCAUUCUUAUCAGCAUCAUCUUAAUGAUGAAUGCAUGUGAACUAAUAUACUUCAUUUGUAGUUGACUGGUUUGAAUGGAAGUUCAAAGGAGGUGAUUCAAAGUUCAAUAAACGGUAAUAACGAAUUAUUGUUUCCCGUGGUGAUAGGUCCUGAAGCUCAUAAGCUCUUGUGUUGAUAUAUCUCGUGUACCCCAAAAAACGUUUAGAGGAUGCCCAUGGGCAGCCUGCGUAUUCAUCUGACUGGCUUGUGUUGCUGUGUAAACUCUGGUUGCUAAUUUGGAAACCAUUUGCAAAUUUUUAACAUGCUUCUGGAGGUUGAUAUCAUCUGAGGAUGAUCAGUUGCUGGUACCCUUUCAAGAUUUAAGGCAGCACAUAUGCUGUAUUGAAGGAUCUGUUACUAAGUUGCCUCGUCAUAGACUUUUCCUCGGACGAAAUUCUUUUCAAGGUUUUGAAACUAGGAAUUUGUCAGAGAUGGAUUUGCUCCAAAAGUUAGGCGUGCAAAAUAAUCUCGGCCUGGUGGUCGAUGCCAUCAGAGAGUGUGCUCCGUGGUUCAACUUGAAUCAUUUAAAAUAUGCUGCGGCAGGUAAUAGCUUUCACACAAUUCAUUCAGUGGCUAUUCCAACUCUUGCUCUGAUCUUUCUAAAAGAAUCUGAUGAAUGAACACCAACUUUUUGGGUUUUGACCCCUGCAAGUAUACGAUUGUUGAGUCUAGAAUCUAGAUUGAUUUUAUUAAUUUGCGACCCUUAUCUAAUGCUAUAGCAUCCCUUUUUGCUAAGUACCUUCCAUUUCAUUUGUUAAAACUAGAUAGUGAAUAUGUGUGUAAUAUGUUAAUGUGAUUUUAGAGGUACACAAAUAGUCACAAGCAAAAAGGUGAAGAAAGUGAUCCAAGAAAAAGGGUUUGUUUUGGAGUAUGUACAAGUGCAAUCACUGCUUCCAUAUUUACUUACAGACGGCAGGAAUGUUGGGGCAUAAUGUAGAGCACCUUCAAUAUUGUUUCUCUUCCACGUUUACCCCCCCAUAAUCCAUACAUGAAUUUUAAAGAAUUUUAAAAAAUCUUGAUCAGAGACAAAGCUAAAGAAUAAUCGGAAUACUACUUGUCAAACCGGAAACUAGGUAAGGAUGUUUCUGUAUAUUUGUCCUCCGUAAGGUGAGCAUCUCAAGUAGCUCGUGAUCCGUCCGAUCAAGGUAGCAAAACUACACACUCCGGUCCUUUCAAUGGCUGGAUAAUAAAGUAUUUUUUAUUUUUUUUCAAGUAAGCAUUUUAUAGGUAAAUUAAAUGGUUACAAGAUACUAGAUUAAAUGGGGCGGGAGGUUUUAAAAAUUAUCUCAAAAUAAGCAAAUGCAACAUGAGAAAUAAAGAAGGAUUUGGAGCCAAACGUUUGGCCUUCAUCCGUUUCUCAUUAAGAGCAUUGGCAUUGAUUUAUCUAUAUGUAAAUACAAACACAUAUUUGCAUAACUGCACUAUUAAAUUGACUGUAUUUGAUUGUGCAUAUGUAAAUAUUUUUAUAACUAUGAACAGUACCAAUACUUCUGUGUAGAUGUACUGAUUACUCUAUAAAUGCUAUUUUAUUAAUUUUUUUUUCUCUGUUCCCAUUCUACAUUCAACAUCUUUGUAGUGGGUCCUAAUUGCAAAAUUUAUAUAAAUAAUAAUAAUAAUAAUUUUAGGAAAAAAAUUAUCAUUUUAGCUCAAAUAUGUAUAAUUCAAUGUGAGUUUUUCUUGAAUGGCAAAGAUAAUCUCUAAAAAUGUGAUUUUGCAUUUGCAUAUAGAUAAAUCGAUGUUAAUGCUCUAAGGGGAAGCUGUUUGAAACAGUUUUUGCAUAGUCUGAUAUGCAAACUAUAAAUCUAUGACUAAAAGUUGUAAUGAAUUAUUGUGUGCUGCAUUUUGCUAAUCUCGACUGACUGAAUGAGACUUUUACGACCACUUUAUAUUGGUCCUUUGUUAGGAAAAGAGGGAACAUAGAAAAAUAGCAAUUGAAAAAUGAGUCGAUGCGUCGUUACUAGGUGGUGGAGGUGCGUGUACCACAUGCACUAUUAGAAAAAAGGUAAAAGUCAGGUCUAAGAGAUCCGAAGCUGCAACAAACUCCUCGUGGCACGAGGCUCAUGUGCACUGUGAGUCGCGGGUGAGACGAACUUGCUGCUCAUUUGGCCAGUUUUCUUCUGUUGUUUGAUAGAUCGGCAGCUAGAGAAUUUGGUGGCGGGGCACAUGACUGUCAUAGGAGGCCGGUAAGCAACAAAUCAACGUAUCUUGGUGUUAUAGAUGAAAAACUAAGGAAAAAUUAGGAAAAAACAAACGGUACAUUUUCGGCAUUGGCCGUAUAGGAGGAGCCGAAGCCCCCACUGGGCUGGCUGCAUAUUUGAGAGAGAGAGAGAGACUCAAGAGCAACCGUUUACCUGUUGCUGAGAUUAGACAAUGAAGGGUUGUUAGUUUAUAAUCUUUUAUUUAUUUUUUCUAUUUUUUUUUAAGUCUAGAUGUGGGCUCUGUGUGGUUUGUGUUUAUUAUAAAAUACUGAUGUGAAUGGCAUAAAGUAUUUAGUGUUCA